GUUUAUUGUUAUAGUGAGUAUAAAAAAUGUAAUUUCAGAGAACAAAUAAAUUAUCCGUUCACACAGGACGUGACCAAUAGCGGAGCGAACACAGCUGUCAGAGGAACUACCGACAUUUACUUAUUUAAAUUAUGAUUACAUUAGUUUGAGUUGUAGUUGACUUCACGUUUAGCGUUUUGCGAGUAUUAGUGUUAAAAUAUUUCCAUUUCCACAUAUACAAGAAACACAUUUCUUUACACCAACAGUUCUCUCUGUUUGUCCCGCCUUUAAUGUUUAGUUAUUCACAACUAACGGCGUGUUAUUUCGUAGUUGCGGUAACAGUAAGAUGUUGUUAAUUAUCUCAUUGUUGUUUAUGUCGAGUGUCGUGGUCAGUAAAGAUGAGUGUUACUGGAAUAGACAGUGCAAGUAUCAGUUAUUUUCAACGACUACACCUUAUGAUAUCGUACGAGGGGAUAUUCGUGACCAGCCCAACCCUGACGGUUGUAAGGUCGUGAGUUUGUGGUCAAUACAUCGACACGGGAACCGUCAUCCUGGCAGCAGGGUCGUAAAGGACACCAACGAGUUAUGGGUCAAGUUGAGGGACCAAAUUAUAAGAAGUGAGGCAGAGUCAAGGAACUCACUUUGCUCACAGGACUUGGAAGAUAUAUUAAAUUGGAAAUGGGAUUCUUCGCUAGAAACUACACCAUCUUACCUCACACAAGUGGGUAACGACGAAAUAUACUCGAUCGGCAAAAGGGUAGCGAAAAAAUACAGUGAACUGAUGCACGAAAGGAUUGACCGAUAUUAUUUCAGAGGAACCAACGAACAACGUACGAAAGCAAGUGUUCUCGCGUACGUCAAUGGCCUAACUCAUGGUUCAGACAUGAACCUCACUUCACGGAUAGAGGAAUCUAGAGAACGAGAUGACACGAUUCGACCUUACGAAAACUGUGAUCGCUACCAGGAGUCAGUUAAGAACGGUUCGCUGUUGCCUGAUCAGUUGGCUGAGUAUGAUCAAAGCCCCGAGUAUUUAGCGGUUAGAGACCGAGUUUUCAAGCGACUAGGUAUAACAAACGACACGGAAGAAAUAAACGUAUUCAAUCUUUAUGAGCUAUGUCGGUUCUAUCGGACCUGGAGUCCUAAUCUUCAGUGUCCAUGGUGCUCGCUCUUCUCCGACGAAGACCUGGUUGUGUUGGAGUACAGAGAUGAUGUACGGCAUUAUUACAAAAACGGAUACGGGUUUGAUAUUAAUGCAGAUUUAGGUACACUCCCACUGAGGGAUUUAUUUGAGAAUUUUGAGUUAGUGACGAGAGGGGAGGGUAAGAACAUAGUUUCGUACUUUACCCACGACACUAUGAUGGAAAUGAUGUUCUGCGCUCUUGGGCUCUAUAAGGACAAGAGCGUCAUAAAAGGAUCCUCAAGAAAUCCAGACAGAUUAUGGCGGACAAGUUAUAUAGCAUCGUUUUCUACAAAUUUUAUCGCCGUCCUUCACAGAUGUGACUCCGAUACUCAUAGAGUCCAGCUGUUCAUCAACGAGAAGCCCACCAGUCUUUGCCCUGUCGAAGGCUGCUCGUGGUCAGAGUUCGUCGAAACUUUCCAAAGGUUCUCCAACUCCUCACUGGCAUUUUGUACAAAUCGACACUCUGAUGUGGAUGAAGAUAGCAAUAAUUUAAGUAAUACAAUUACCGUCUCGAAAUUUUUGACCUCACUUUUAAUUUUGCUUCCAUUGGUGCUUUCUGCUAAUUAAAAUUUAAUUUAUUUCAACAGAAAUAUUUUGUCACUUCACCAUAUUACAAAGUAUUAUUAAUAGUUUUGAUUUAUUUGUUUUAUAUAAAGGAGUGUCUAAAAAUCGUGAUGUACCUAUCAAACAAUUUUUUUUAUUGUAACACUAGAUCUCGGACAUCCUAAGAUUCUUCUCAGUAAACGAACACUAUAUCUUCGUAUACAAUUUGAAUUAUAACUUAAAAGAUGGUUAAUUCUAGUGAUUUAUUUAUAUGUUCUGCUGGUAUCUCCGUGAAGUAAAAAAUCUAUAUUUAGCAGAUUUUAUAUAAAAGUAAGAUACCCUAAAUACUCAAGCGUGCAAAUCUUGUAAACAUUUUGUGAUAUGAUUCACAAAGCUGCUAUUAGACACACGAACAAGACGAGCAUACUCAGGGUUUGGCAGACAUCUGACAUUUGCUGUCAUCACUCGGUAUCAGAUUCAUCAUCAUAGAGAUCUAAACGUUUUGAAACCUUUUAUAACUAAACAAUGUGAAGUGUUUUAAUAAUUUAUGAGUCACAGAAAAUACAAACAUAAAUCUACUUUUUACUCAAUAAACAACACAAAUAAGAAAUGUCACAGUGAUCUCAAUCAAUAGUUUUGUUAUAGAGUCAAAUGACGUCGCACUAUUAAGAUUUUGUACGAUUACGUUAAAUAAACUUAUUAACAAGA